UUUAGCAGUAGGCCAACAAGGCCAUCAACACUUAUAUAUACGCAGACGAUCUCAAACAAUUUUCUGUGCAAGUAAUACUGAUAAGUAUUUAAAACAAGUUUAAUCAUGAGUAUAUCUUACUGAAGUGAAAACGCUUUGAUUCCAGAAUUCUUUUUGUCAGAUGGUUUUAUUUACGUGACGUCACAGUGCGUGUGCGUUAUUCUGAGAUCAUUUCAUUUCUAUAAAAGCCUGGCCCAGCAGCAACUGCAAAACUGUACAAAGGAAACUGAUACUAGACGUGAUUCUCCCGUCUGCAGAGCACGUUUAACUACAGGUCUACGGACCUAGAAGCUGGUAGGCAGCUAGUUAUGCCGAAGGUCAAAGAGCAGAGGGGAGGAAAGGAUCAGUUUUUUGAAUGCAAUGAUGGAAGUGAUAGAAAUCAAGACAAAACAAAAGAAAAAGACCAAGAGCAGGAGGGAAAAGACCAGAGGAUGUCAAGCCGACCCCAGCCCUACAAUACUUGUACCCGCCUGUACCACACCGCUCAGAACAGGAAGGAUGACAUGGAAAGAAUUGACAGGGAGAACCGGGUUCAAACAAGGCGACUGGAUACCACUAAGCCCUCACGGGGAAUGGGACGAAUGGAGCAGUUGGCAGACUAUGAUCGACAGGCCUCUUACAGGGGAUUACCCGCCCCCGGCCCCUCUAAUUUGACAGAGACCCCCUCAGAAGCCCACUUCAAGUUGAUGGUGAAAUCUCACUACUCCCGGGUUAAGCUGACUGGAUUCCUGCAGUGAUUCCUGUCUGUCAUUCCUGGCACCGCCAUGUCUAACCUGUACCUGAGAGGCUAAAGUGGACAGUCUGUUGCCAGAUGCAGCUCAAGAUUUAGCUGAUUUAACUUUCUUUUUAAUGCAGUUGGUGUGUAUUUAGAGUGGAAUUGUGAAAUUGCUAUGUUUGUCAUUAAAGCUGCUUGUUAAAUGAAAGCCUUUGUUUUCAGCUAAACAACAAUAUGCCCUGUAGGUAACACUGGACCUCUUUAGUGCACGAGUGCACAAAGAAAGCAUGGUGCUGCUCACGCCCACUCUAAACCUGGAACAUAGAAUGCCAUAGGAACAAUAACAGCUGUCAAAGCAGCAAGUGUCCUCAGUUAAGCCAUUGGCACUCUGCAAAAAAAUAGGCACCUGGCUGGCUGUUCCAUCAAAUUACUGCUAUGCUACAUGGGUGGGAUUUCAAACUUGGCUUCUGUAUAUGCACUCCAUGGUGUUGCCCAUAAGGUAUUCAACACCACACUAAAGCAUAUAGCAGCACAUGAUGACAGUGUGUUCAAAUGUG